GGCGGUGACGCCAGAGGCGUCUGCUUGGCGUCUGCUACGCCGUAGGAAACUUUGCUUCGGGGCAAUCCUUAAAAUAAACAGCUGACCAUUGGAUGUCGCAGACUAUCGAAAGAAGCCGUUAGGAGUACGGCGAGUACCCCGAGCUGCCACCGGUUUUGCUCUCUCAAGGUCUGACACUCGACCAUCAAGAUGGCCACUUCUCGUCUGAGAAAGGUGGCUUACAGCACAGCUGUACUUGGAGCUGGUGCUCUUGCUGCUUCCUGGCUGACAACUGAACUUACACAGCCUCAAAGAGUGUCAGCAGCUGAAUUAAGUGGAAAAAAACUGAGAGCAAAACGCACACUCCCUCCUCGAGAUGAACAAAUUAAGUCUCUUCAAACUGAAGAUGAGUUUGAUGUUCUUAUCAUUGGAGGUGGAGCAACUGGUGCUGGAUGCGCACUUGAUUCAGUUACUCGGGGUCUCAAGACAGCGCUUGUAGAAAUGGAUGACUUUGCUUCUGGAACAAGCAGCAGAUCCACAAAGCUUAUUCACGGUGGAGUCCGCUAUCUUCAAAAAGCCAUCUUCAAUUUGGACAUUGACCAGUACAGAAUGGUGAAGGAAGCUCUCCAUGAGAGAACCAAUAUGUUGGAAUCAGCACCUCAUUUGACUCACCCUCUUCCCAUCAUGUUGCCUGUUUAUACGUGGUGGCAGAUCCCAUACUACUGGGUGGGUAUUAAAAUGUAUGACUUGGUGGCUGGAUCCAAGAGUGUAAAGAGCAGUUAUUACCUAUCUAAGAAGGAUGCUCUUGAACUUUUCCCAAUGUUACGAGGGGAUAAGUUAUGCGGUGCUAUUGUCUACUAUGAUGGUCAGCAAGAUGAUGCUAGAAUGUGCCUUGCAAUUGCGCUUACUGCAACUAGGCAUGGAGCAACUGUAGCAAACCACGUGAAAGUGCAAAAGCUCAUCCAUGGAAUUGGUGCUGAUGGAAAGAAGGAGGUGCAAGGAGCAUCUCUUCGCGAUGAACUAACAGGCAAGGAAUGGGAUGUGAAGGCAAAGUGUGUUAUCAAUGCCACUGGACCUUUCACUGAUUCCAUUAGAAAGAUGGAUAACCAAAACGUAAAGGAAAUUUGCUGUCCCAGCUCUGGCGUCCACAUUGUUCUUCCUGGAUACUACAGCCCUGACCAGAUGGGUCUCUUGGAUCCAGACACCUCUGAUGGACGUGUCAUCUUCUUCCUGCCCUGGCAAAGACAGACUAUAGCAGGAACAACUGAUCGACUUUGCGAUGUUACUCACAAUCCGAUACCAACUGAAGACGAAAUUGAGUUCAUUCUCAAUGAAGUGAAACACUACUUAAACCCUGAUGUUGAAGUCAGAAGAGGUGAUGUGUUAUCUGCUUGGAGUGGAAUCCGACCUCUGGUAUCAGAUCCUAACAAAGAGGACACUCAAUCUCUUGCUCGUAACCACAUUGUGCAUGUCAGCGAUACCAAGAUGAUAACAAUUGCUGGUGGCAAGUGGACUACUUACCGUGCAAUGGCUGAACACACAAUUGAUGCAGCAAUCAAAGCGUGCAACCUCAAGCCAACUAAGCCGGAAUGCCAAACUGAUGGACUGCUGAUUGAGGGAGCUCAUGGCUGGACUCCCACAAUGUACAUUCGCCUUGUACAAGAUUUUGGUUUGGAGUGUGAGGUGGCUCAACAUCUUGCCAUGUCAUAUGGUGAUCGUGCCUUCGCUGUGGCAAAAUUGGCUUCCCUGACCGGCAAACGUUUCCCCAUCAUCGGCAAGAGAAUUCACCCAGAGUUCCCUUAUAUUGAUGCUGAGAUCCGUUAUGGUGUGCGGGAAUACGCCUGUUCAGCUGUUGAUAUGAUUGCCCGACGACUUCGUUUGGCAUUCCUGAACAACCAAGCUGCUCAGGAAGCACUCCCAACCGUGAUUGAUAUUAUGGCUGAAGAACUCAAGUGGAGCGAAAAAGAGAAGAAGGUCCAGUAUGAGAAGGCUGUUCAGUUCCUUGCGGAACAGAUGGGACAGCAGGUGAACAGAGCAUCCAGGGAGAAGAUGAGUAUUAACUUGUCUAAGGAUGAGAUGCAACUGUACAUUAAACGCUUCCAAAUGAUUGACAAAGAUCAUAAGGGUUAUGUUUCCAUUAAUGAUAUCAGACGGUCAAUGAAGAGCUUUGGAGAGGAGGUGUCUGGUGAAGAAUUGCAUGAAAUUCUCAAGGAAAUUGACACAAACAUGAAUGGACAAGUUGAGCUAGAUGAGUAUCUUCAGAUGAUGUCGGCUAUUAAGUCUGGAGCAGUUGCUUACUCAAGGUUUGCCCGUAUGGCUGAAAUGCAAGAAGCUGCUGUUGAGAAAGAGGGCCUUAUGAAGAAGGUUUCAGUGGAGCGCAGUGGAGGAGGUGUUUAAUUAUUGAUAUUAUGCUUAUGUCCGUCUCAAGCAAUGCUCACUUUCAUGUCAUCUCUUGUCUUGUUGGAUUUGCCAUUCUUGUCUUUGACAAGAUCAUUUCAUGGCAAGUUGGCCACCCUCUAUCUUCAUUAUUUGGUUGUUUCAAAUUCAUCAAAAGCAUCUAGGAUUUUCAGUUUAUGUGCAAAUGGGGGCUCACUGGUAGCACAAAAGCUUUGCACUGAUCUCUGCAAUUCUACUUGCUGUAAAAAAAAUUGUUUUCCUUGUUUUGUUUUGUUUCUACAGGGUGUGAGGAAGAAAGUUGUUUUAACUUCCUUACUGUAUUUUACAUUCUGUAGCAAUACCAGAGUUAUUUUCAGAUUUUAGCUUUGUCUGUGCUGGUGUCCUGUGAUCAUCUUGGAGUGGAGUGGCCUCAAAUUCCUUGAGUAUGUGUGUCACAAAAUCUUACUCUUGUCUGUAUAGCAUUGGGGAUGAUCUAUUUACGGUUCUUUUAAUUAAGUUCCUUACUGAGGAAAUAGCAAGCAUGUGUGUCCUAGAAGACACUCUUAUUUUAGUGUCUCUACUAUAAUAGCUGAUACUGCAUCACAUUGAACAAUUUUUUUGUUUUAUUUCAACUUCUUUAUAGAGGAGUUAAAAAAGGUGUAACAUAUGUCCAGAUACAGCUAAAUAUGCUGAUCAAUUGGUUGUAUCUAGCUAGUGUCAACAUAUUCUAGUCAAUAUCAUAAGCACCUUUUACGUUGUCUUUGCUCCACUGUACAUUUACUUGGUGUGUGUCGACUAUGAUGUUCCAUCUGUAAAAGCAAUACACCACAGUGUUGCAGGUGUGCCUACCCGAUCUGCCCGUAAGGCGCCAUAGCCCCUUGGGCAUGCAAACCCGCAACACUGGGGAGUAUUAGCCUUUACACUCGGUUCAUGCUUGACCAUGGUGCUGUGAAAUAUGCUAUGUACUAUUGGAAAGGGAACUUUUUUUUAUGUUUCUUGGUUUUAUUUGAAUGACUUGGCUAUUAAGUAGCCAACAAGUUAAUUUCAGCUGAAAUGUUGUGUACCAUGUAUUUUACUUCAAAAACGAGUAUGUCAUCAGUUAAAGUUUUAUUGGUAUUUGCAUCACAUAAUUUACAUUCAGUAUUCUGGUCUGAAGUUCCUAUACAUGGGGAACAAUAUGGAUGUAAAGCCUAUAAUGGAAAAUUAAUGGUCAUAAUCCUGUGCAAUUUUCAUAAAGAGUGAAUUGAAGUUUUGUCCAGUAAGACAGAUCUGUCUUCCCUUUACUGUAUCUCAUUUUUAAAAUUUAAAAUCUCUUACUUAAAGACUUGAUAUUCUGGAAUAGUUCUUUUCCUUUUCAUUGAGAUAAUAAGGAAGUUGUUUUUGUACAUCGGGAACAUUUUGUACAUUUAAAAGUUAAAAUGUUAGAAGUUGUUUGGUAUUGCGUUUUUAUCUGUGCAAAACCUGAGAAAGAAACAAAAGGAAGUUUAAAUUCAGUAAUACUUUUACGGUAAACUCUGUUAAUCAGUCCUAAACUGGGAGUGUCAAAGUUAAGAAGAGAGCCUAUGUCUGUACUGAAAAAUGAUUGUGAAAUUGGUUUGUGGACAUUUGCCAAGAAUGGGAGUAAUUUCUAUUGUGUUUAUUUGGAUGUUGUUUAUGUACUUCUACCUAAUUAUUUACAGAUUAAGAGAAAAUCUUAUUUCCAGAACAGAUUUUAUCUUUGAAAAAUCAAAAGGAUGCAAAUGAACUUUCAUAUCAUUGAUAGAGCUCAUGGGCAUUCAUUUCUCUGUGUAAUAUCAUAUCACAUCUGCUUUUUCUUGUGGGCUUGUUGACGUUUCAGCAUUCCUCAUUUCACUGUAUUUUUUUCAAAUACCUCAAGUGUAUGCCUUAUAUCGAUCAAGCUGUGUGGUUCUGUCUGCAAUCCGUUUCACUACCUUAGUUGAGAGGCUGAGGUACAUUAAUUUCUUUCCCGAGGCAGGGAGGAUAAAACAAAUGUCUACCAAAAAUAUUUAUAACUACUAUGUAAUGAACAACCUUUUGUAUUACUAAUAACAAUCUAUCUUUGAGUGAACCUUGUGCUGACUUGCACAUUCUUCCAAACACCUCUCAUAAUGUUGUGUGGUUCUCCUCUGAGUACUAGAACAUUCUCGCCUUGUAUUACACAUUAUGUAUAUUCUUCAAAGGGGAAAUUACUAUGCUUUUCAUGGGGAGUUUGCGUCCUAUUCUGAUAAAAAGAGCCUUCAGAUCUGUAAUUUAUUGUUUUAAUUGUGGCAUGCGAAGCCCUGACAUCAGAUGUGCCAUAUGAAAUGCACUUUCAUAUAUAUUUUAACAUCUUGGUAUUAUUUUUCUGUGAUUAAUAUUUAUUAAUAUUAUUGUUCUUGUUACUCCUUUGUUUCUUUUAAUUUCUUUUGAUCUUCUCUGUACAUUUUUGGUGUGAUAUGCCACAGAGGAGUUGCCUCCUAAACAGACAUCUAAAGAAUGAAUGAACUCUCAGUUUUAAACCAUUAAAUUUGUGUUAUUCAUCAAA